AUGUGGCCGCACUGUGGCCGGCGUUUGCUGGUGGUGAGCUCUGUAGGACUGCUGUUCGCAGCUACGGCUAAGGGAGCACCAGCAGAGGCAUCCAAGUUAGGAGGUCCUGAGGCGUCGGCUGUUUUAUCUCCGCUUUCUGCCGUUGAGCUGCAUUCAAGGGCUCAAGAUGACGUAUUCGACGAUCCUCUAGAUGAAGAGGAACUGAGAGAGGAGGAGGCAUGUGGGGGACAAGAGGCUAUGUCCAACGUAAUGACUUCUGAGCUCGAGAAGCUCAGGGACCCAACGUCUCCCUGGGCGAAGUUCCUCAGCAAGUUGACUGCGAUCAAAGACGCCAAACAAGUGUGCACACAAUCUCAGACGAGCGAGGGCUUGUGUAGCCUGCCUGAAGCCCCAGAGGGCGGCUCUUCUACUGCCCUCCAGCUGCCUUGCGGGGGUGAUGACUACAUGAAGCUCAUCAGCAAUUAUGUGCGCACAAAGAACUGUAUCCUCUCGCUUGCAGUAACUCAGACUCUUACUCAGAAUUGGCUGGGUCAUGCUGGAAGUGACGGGAUUUUCCCCCAAUUAAUAGCAAAGUAUGAAAAGGCUCUCGAGUAUGCCAGUCUCGAUUCUGAGCUUUACAGUCUCUACCAGGACUCAGCUCAGUUGUUAAGGGAGGUCAUCCAGAGCGCCAAGGACGGUAUUGCUGCCUUUCAUUCUCCGGAGCUGAAGGCGGUUUUUUUGAAGAGGAGGAAGGAGCUCACCGCACUACUCUGUGCUCUGGGGCGCGGAGCAGAGGCGGAUACAGGGGCGAAUGUUGUUGUAUCUGAUCAUAUGGUGGUCAUCCGCGGCAACUUUGAAGAAAGUGAGGAAGAAGCUCUUACCGCAUUCCAAAGCGCUGUGGACACGUUCGGGCUGUAUGUCCAGGCCCUUUUGGAAGACGGAGGCUUCCUGCAGAGAGCUACAGAUAUUCAUGUGACCCUUCACAAAUUCCGCCUUUCAAAGCUCAGCGCUAUGCUUACCGAUAUAGAGCCAAGCACCAACGAAGGCGAUGAUGCUCUUUCCCUUAUGCGUAUCAUUCCGGGCAAGCACAACAAACAGAGCAAACACAAGACCAAAGAGGUCUCCAAUAAGACGCAAGACGCCGCUGCACCUGCCUUCUUGGAAUCCGCUGCCCAACAAGGCGCUGUUGCAGCCGCUGCCGCUGUAGCAGCAGCAAAUCUGGCCACGCCCGCUACAGCACCUCAGCAGCAGCAGGCUCUGGUAGGUGGAACAGCCACAACCGUUCCUGCAGCUGCCCCUGAUACUAUGUCUUUGUUGGGGCCGUCAUCGCCUGCAGCACAAACUUUUCUCGCUGGCGAGCAGCAAGCUCCAGCACAAGGAGGAGCACAGACUUGGGCACCAGCACCCUUACCAGCAGCACCAUCGGCUGCUUUAGAGGCGGCCCCGGCACCGACUUCUCCAUCUGGCAAUCCACCACCCCAUGCUGAAAAGGGCGACCAUGCAGGUCACCCUCCGGCCCAUGGUAUUGUCGAUGGAGAGCACAAGGGUGUGCCUAUACGGCAAAAGACAAUAACAAUGGCAGCACAUCUGAGGAUGUUUGAGAUGCACGGAGAAGAAUUAGGUUACACUGCAGACGUGUCGGCGCUGUCGAAGACCAUUAAAGCAGGAUACACGGACAUCACGGACAAGAUAUUCGUAGUGUGGGCCCAGUUUCUUCCACAGGCAUUCGUAUCAACAACUUUCAAGUUCUUGUCUCUGCUGCUUCCGAACCCCGUUGUCGACAUUGCUGAGUUUUACAACAGCACUAUGGCGGAGGACGGGUCUGUUACCGAAGGAUUCACAGGGGACCUGCCAGUGAACCACAAAUUGUUAGCAGAGCGUUUCUCUGUGGCCGUUGACGAAGCGUAUAAGGACUCAUGGAGACGCUUCUUUGAAGUAGCAGACGAUCUUGGUGUUGACAACGACCAAUCAGGAUCCGUCGCUCAACAAGCACCUCCCGUCAGUGCCUUGCAGGAGGUCGGAGCUGUGAAGCCACAUUCUUUCGUUUCUACUGAAGAGAACGAUGAUUUCAGCGUGGCGAUUGUGUCCUCUUCUGAUGGAAUAACUCCGACUGAUUUGGACAAAUACAUCGACAGCGAGGCUAUCGAUAAGGCUAGCGUUGAGGCGCUUGUAAGGGCUAUGGGGACUUUCGGGGUAUUGGGGUGGAGUUUAGGGUCGUGCGUCCGCCUUCCAGAGUGCUUAGGAGCGGGGAUUUUUGUGGUGGACCGCCUGGUUUUGUAA